AUGGCGGAAUCAUUUCCGAUGAAUGGUGGAGAUGGCACCUACAACUACACUAAGAACUCCCAAUAUCAGAGAGAAGCUUCAAACAUUGUAAAGGAAAUAAUCGAUGAGGCAAUUGCUGAGACGCUUGAUGUGAAAAGCCUGACUUCUACUUCACCAACAUUUCGUAUUGCAGACUUGGGAUGUUCAGUGCCUGAAAAGUUACUCGACAAAAACUCUCCUGCAUGGAACAAAGGAAGGAUUCACUACACGGGUGCCUCGGAUGACGUAGUCCAUGCUUAUACCACUGAAUUUGAAAAGGACAUGGAGAUAUUUCUGAAUACUAGAGGUAAAGAAAUUGUUGAUGGAGGAAUGAUGGGAAUCAUCGAUGAAGCUCAAGUGGACUCGUUUAACUUGCCUAUUUAUGCUGCCUCCCCCAAGGAGAUGUCUAGGCUGGUAGAAAGAAAUGGGAAUUUCACCAUUGAGAAAAUAGAAUUAACAGACCCCAGAUCGAAGAUUGAUGCGCCAAUUAAUGUGCAAGCUUUGAUAAUGCACCUAAGAGCUGCCAUGGAAGGAAUGUUCUCCCAACACUUUGGACGAGACGUUGUUGAUGAACUAUUUGAACGGACUUCUCAAAAAUGUGUAGAGAUUUCAGACCGGCUGCAAUCAACUUACAUGAAAGGGACACAAUUAUUUAUCGUUUUGAAGUGUAAAUGA